AGUAUGUAUAGCCAGUAUUCCAGUGUUGCUGAGCGUUGAUGGGGACAUUCAAUCAACGUUAGCAUCACAUGAAAGUUCAAUCGACAAUAGCGAUUCAUCAACGCUGUCCGCAACGAACUUACCAAGAACGUCCACCUCAACAAACGACCUUCAAGAGUCAUGCUGCUUCAGAGAGUCUCGGAAAAUCGUCGCAGGUCAUGGUAAGACAUCCAAUUGCAUUUUGAAAGGUUUUCAUGAGAAAAACCACGAAUUACAGCCAUUCAAUUUAGAGAUGGCAGUUCAAACAAUGUCAAGGAGUUUAUGUAUCGUUCAGUUAUAAAGGAUAAGAUGGUUGGAUACGAGGCCAUCCAAAGACGUUUGCUUAAACCACAA